AUGGACAUGAUGCCUUUGCCACCAGGGAAAAAGGCUAUUGGUUGUCGAUGGGUAUACAAGAUUAAAUACAAAGUUACAUGUGAAGUGGAAAGGUUUAAGGCAAGGUUAGUUGUCAAAGGGUAUAGUCAAAGAGAGGGACUGGAUUAUGAAGAAACAUUCUCACCUGUUGUCAAGAUGAGUCACUCAGACUAUUCCUUAUUUACCACAAAAGUUCAAGGGAAAAUAAUGGUGGUCUUAGUUUAUGUUGAUGACCUACUAAUCAAAGGAGAUGAUGCCAUCUUAAUACAAGAGACUAAGGAGUACUUACAACAAGUCUUUAAAAUCAAGGACUUAGGGGAGCUGGAGUUUUUCUUAGUGAUUGAAUUUUCUAGAAGCAAAGAGGGAAUUCUAAUGCAUCAAAGAAAAUAUGCAUUAGAACUCAUAUCAGACAUGGGACUCUCAGGUUCAAAGACAAUAAGGGCACCUUUGGAGGCCAAUAAGAAGCUUACAACAUUGGAGUUUGACACUCAGUUUGGUAUUGAAGAUGAUAAAGUUUUUGAUGACCCUAGUACUUAUCAAAGGUUAGUUAGGAAACUUCUCUAUCUCACCAUGACUAGACCAGAUAUUGCAUUUGCAGUGCAAUGCUUGAGUCAGUUCAUGCAUUGUCCUAAAACAUCACAUGUGGAUGCUGCCAUCAAGGUGAUCGAGUAUAUCAAGCAGUCUCCAGACUUGGGGAUAAUAAUGUCUGCAGAUGUUUCAUCUCAGCUUACAGCCUAUUGUGCUGCAGAUUGGGCAUCUUGCCCAAACACUAGGAGAUCAAUUACUGGGUAUUUGAUCAAGUUUGGGAGCUCUUUGAUCUCAUGGAAGUCGAAGAAACAAACUACUAUAUCCAGAAGCUCAGCUGAAGCUGAGUAUCGAAGUCUGGCAUCAACAGUUGUAGAAAUAUUGUGGGUGACUGGUUUGAUUAAGGAAUUAGGGGUGCAUAUUCGGAAACCUAUCUCUUUGCUAUGUGACAGUAAGUCAGCGAUUCAAAUAGCUGCUAAUCCAGUGUUUCAUGAGCGCAUAAAGCAUAUUGAUAUCAACUGUCAUUUCAUUCGCGAGAAGGUGCAACUUGGCCUCGUUCAUCUAUUACAUAUUCCCUCUUUAGAGCAACAUGCAGAUAUUCUUACUAAGAGCUUGGGUGCAACUCAACAUCAUUAUUUGCUGUCCAAGCUAGGCAUGAAGAACAUCUUCAUAGCUCCUAGCUUGAGGGUGUGUGUGAAAGAAUUAGCUAACUGCCUAACUGUGCACUAA